ACCAUGGAGAAAAUACAAGUGCUGGGAGGCGGAMCUUUAAGCAUCAAAGCGAAAUGUACUGUGUCUUUACUUAUUGGAGAAACUAAAACUACUCAUGAAUUCUGUAUAGUUCCUACUGCACCUAAUUGUUUACUUGGUGGGGAUUUUCUGAAGCUACAUAGUUGUAUUGUCAAUUACAAAGAAAUGAUUCUGACAGUUAAUAAUGCUGACGUCCCAAUGGAACUGGUGGAAACUGAAGAACAUGUGAUUCUUCGAGUGGUCCUCGAAGAUAAUAUUAAAAUUAAACCGUACACAGAGAUGAUUGUUAAGGCUAAAGUCAUUGGUGGUGAAAGUCUGAGCGGAUUAAGAACAGUAGGACCGACUAAAGAAUUCAGCGAAAGCGAAACUGGAGGAGUGAUGAUCGGGAAGACUGUGGUUAACUUGAAGGAUGGAAAGGUUCCAGUACGCCUUGUAAACCUUUCACCCGGUAGAAAGAAGAUACGUAAACACAYAGAAAUUGCUGUAUGCGAGCCUUGUGCUAGCAUAGCGCCUCCAACACCCGGGAAAGGYAAAGUCAAAAGUGAUGAUACAGAUAGAGAGUUACCGGAGCUWCUUCAAGUCAUCUAUAGCAAGACAUCUAAAGACAUGGAAGAGGAGCAAAGGAACAGUUUCAAAKAAUUUCUACUACAAGAGGAGGAUUUGUUUUCMAAAGGAUUGAACGAYAUUGGUCGGACAAACUUAGUUGAACAUUUUAUCGACACUGGUGAUGCUCGUCCAAUUAAACAAGCCCCACGUCGACUGCCCCUAUCCAAGAGAAAUGAAGCAGACCUAGCUAUGAAGGAGAUGUCAGACAAAGGCAUAAUAGAAGAAUCAUCAAGUCCAUGGUGCUCUCCAAUCGUACUAGUGAGAAAGAAGGAUGGAACAACUCGGUUUUGUGUGGAUUACCGGAAAUUGAAUGCGGUAACAAAAAAAGGAUGCAUAUCCUCUACCGAGAUUGGACGUCACACUUGAUGCAUUGUCAGGUUCCAAAUGGUUCUCUACACUAGAUUUAAAGAGUGGAUACUGGCAAGUACAGCUCGAAGGACACUCUAAGGAGAAGACGGCGUUCUCAGACGGAAGAGGGCUCUGGCAAUUCAAGACCAUGCCUUUUGGYUUAUGUAAUGCGCCGGCCACAUUUCAACGAUUGAUGGAAGCUGUAUUAUCUCAACUGCCGUUGGAAACAGCACUGGUAUAUAUUGAUGAUAUCCUCGUUCAUGCCAGAGAUUUCGAGCAAGAAUUCCAGAACCUAAAACUGGUAUUUGAAAGGUUGAGAGAAGCAAAUUUGAAGCUAAACCCGAAAAAAAUGUGUCCUUUUUGCUAGAGAAGUCAAUUUUCUUGGUCACCUGGUCGGAGGAAAUGGUAUUUCAGCAGACCCUGAUAAAGUGAAAUCGAUACUGGAAUGGCCAACUCCUACUAAUGUGAAGGAAGUCCGAUGUUUUUUGGGACUUUGUUCAUACUACAGGCGUUUCAUCUUGAACUUUGCUAAAAUUGCAAAACCACUACACAGAUUAACAGAGAAAGAUGCUAGCUUUCUAUGGAGCGAAAGUUGUCAAAAGGCUUUUGAUGAGCUUAAGUUGGCACUCCAAGCAAAUCCAGUUCUUGCCUAUCCAGACCCGAACUUGACGUAUACUCUUGACACUGAUGCAAGCAAGACGGGUCUCGGAGCUGUUCUAUCYCAAGUAAAAGAAGAUGGACAAGAACAUGUCAUCGCCUAUUAUAGCAGAACACUCUCAAAACAGGAAUCCAACUACUGUGCAACAAGGAGGGAACUGCUAGCUGUCGUGAAUGCCAUUGAACAUUUCAAUGCCUAMCUCUACGGAGCRGAGUUCCAGCUUAGAACUGACCAUUCAGCGUUGCAGUGGUUGUUAAAUUUCAAGAAUCCGAAAGACCAAUUAGCUAGAUGGUUAGCAAAAUUGCAGCAAUAUAACUUUUCAAUCAUACAUCGAGCAGGACUUAAGCAUACUAAUGCAGAUGCUHUAUCAAGGAGACCGUGUGCGUCUACGGCGUGCAGAUUUUGUGAAAGGAGAGAAGUAGAAGAUGGACUAACAAGUAAGGAGGACACAAGCCCAGCCAGAAAAGUACGAMUGCUACAGCACAGUGAAGAAAUUGGCCCCAACAGUCAGCCCGUAUACAUAAACAAAGGAAAGUGUUGGAGCGAUAAAGAACUCKGCGAAGCCCAACAAGAAGACGCUACGCUCCGCCACAUAGUUGGAUGGCUGCAAUCUGGACAAAAACCAACUUGGGGGGAGAUAUCAGGUUACAGUCCCAACGUAAAAGCUUACUGGGCACAAUGGCACUCGUUGG